AUGUCUCGCAGUGUAAUGCGGCUGUGUGUCGUGUGUGUGUGUUUGUUAGUGGUGGUGAAAAAUGGUGCAGCAGACGCGCAAGUAUCUCCAGUUAAUAACAAUAGCAGUAAAGAUGGUCCCGUAACGCACAGUGUGUCGGGCACGUUCCGCGGCUCCUGGAUGGAGACGCGCCGCGGGAGACGCUUCCAGGCUUACCGCGGGAUACGAUAUGCAGAGCCACCUGUCGGGGAACUGCGGUUCCAGCCCCCGCACCUCAUCCUGCAGUACGAAAAAGUGGUGGACGCCAGUAAGGAAGGUCCAUCAUGUCCGCGGCCCGCCAGCCCCGGCUACUAUGUGGACGAGGACUGCCUCACCAUCAACGUGUACACUCCUGGCAGUGGCCACAACAGUACCAAACCGCUCCCCGUGAUCUUGUUCAUCCACCCCGGCGGGUUCUACUCGAUGUCAGGCCGCAGUGACCUAGCUGGCCCUCACUACCUGCUCGAUAGAGAUGUCGUUCUCGUCACCAUCAACUACAGGCUCGGCUCUCUCGGGUUCCUCGCCUUGGGCAACCAGCUGGCUCCCGGUAACAAUGGUUUCAAGGACCAGGUGGCAGCUCUUCGCUGGGUGCAGAGGAACAUAGCCGCUUUCGGAGGAGACCCCAACCUGGUCACCAUUUCAGGCUGCAGUGCCGGCGCCGUCAGUGUCAUGGUGCAUAUGAUAUCGCCCAUGUCUAAAGGUCUAUUUCAUCGCGCCAUUGCUCUCAGUGGGUCCCCGACAUCGAAGGUGCCGAGUCCACCCAACCGCGUGGACCUGGCCAUCAAACAGGCGAAAGUCUCCAAGUGUCCUGCAAACAACCUCACAGCGCUCUAUGAAUGCCUCAAGACUAAACCGUGGAAAGAAAUUGCUGGAUCUGUUCUGGGAUUCUUUGAGUUCGGCUACGACCCCCUCAGUCUCUGGCGUCCGGUAGUGGAACCGGACUUCGGGCAGGAGCGGUUCCUGACAGAAGAUCCAAUGCUCUCCAUACGAGAGGGCAGGAUGCACGCAGUUCCAUUCAUCGUCAGCCAGACUACGGGAGAAUUCUUCUGGAAAGCUUUUACCGUCCUAAAUAAUCAAACGCUCAUCGAUACGAUGAACAGCGAAUGGGACCGAAUAGCUCCGAUCUCAUUCAUACUUCCUCGUAACGAAACCAGCGGCAGACUGGCUACGCUGAGGAAGGCAUAUUUCGGAGACAGGUCACUAAGGAAUGACACGGCGACGGCUGAAGGCUUGGGGAAACUGUAUGGAGAUGCCAUUACUGCGUUCCCUGUACAUAGGAUGGCGAACCUAAUGUGCCGUCACUCGUCUCACCCGGUGUACUACACGGAGUUCGCGUACGUUGGCAAUCGCAGUCACUACGAGGAUCCAAUCACCAAGAAACCAGUCCGCGCAGCACAUCACGACGAUCUGAUUUACUUGUUCACGCUGAGCUACCGCUUCCCGACGAUAGAUGUCGCUGACACAGAAGACUCCAAGAUGGUGGAUAAGAUGACGGCGAUCUGGUAUAACUUCGCUAGAUAUGGUGACCCGAAUCCUCGAGGCGACACAGGAGAGCUGACCUCUUUGUCCUGGCCAGCCAUGACGCCUGCCAACAGGACCUACUUGCGAGUCGCCACCGAGUUUACUGUCAAACAGAACCUUUAUGAAAACAGAUUUGAUGUUUGGGACAAACUGUACCCUAUACAGUAUUGA